GCGGCCGGUCGCUACCGGCAGCGCCCAGGACGAGCAACUUGGGCUGUACGGGUCCCAAAACCAAUCUCUGGCGGCCUUGCCCCGCGACGGCUCCCACUCGCGGCCCGCAAGCCGAAGAGGGCUCCACGGCGGGGCUCCUCCCCGCGCGGGGCUCCCCCCCCCCCCCGGCUCGCCCCUCGCCGCCCAGCCCCGCUCCCUCCGGCUCCGCUCCGCCCGCCGGGGCCGAGCAGCCCGCACCACGGCCGCCGCUACGCCCGCCCCUUCCCCUCCUCGCGGCGGGGCCCUGGCGGUUCCGCGCAGCCAGAGCCGCCUCCAGGAGCGACCGCCGCCGUUUUGCGGCGACCCUUGGCCCUCGUAGCGCCGGAGUCAGACUGAAGAAUAAUGAAUUAAAGUGACUGUCAUCAUGACAACCGUAAGACAGAGAAGGGGUGGAAAAGUCACAGAAGCAGCUGAACAUCAGCCUUCAGAAGAGAAGAAUGUGAAGUCUGAUGGGAAAGUUCUGUCUGAUCAUACAGGUGGAAAGCUGUGGAACAUACUUUCACUAACUCUUGGUGGAAUUGUUGCCAUUGGUCUUGGACUUCUUACUUCUGUUUAUGUUGCUACACUGCAUGAAAAUGACCUGUGGUUUUCCAAUAUUAAGGAAGUUGAAAGAGAAAUUUCAUUCAGAACAGAAUGUGGACUUUAUUACUCCUACUACAAACAGAUGAUUCAGGCUGCUUCCAUCCAGCAAGGUUUACAUGCUUUAGUAUAUGACAAUAAAACUGAAUCUGUGAGGACAAUUAACAUACUUGAAAGAAUGAAUGUUUACCAGGAGGUGUUUCUCAGCAUUCUGUAUAGGAUUCUUCCAAUUCAGCAAUACCUAGAGCCUGUUUAUUUUUAUAUCUACACUUUGUUUGGACUUCAGGCAGUGUAUGUCAUUGCUCUGUAUGUAACAAGCUGGCUUCUUAGUGGAACAUGGCUUUCAGGGUUAUUGGCAGCUUGCUGGUAUAUUACAAACAGAAUAGAUACUACAAGAGUAGAAUUCACCAUUCCCUUAAGAGAAAACUGGGCACUACCAUUCUUUGCGGUUCAGAUUGCAGCCAUCACAUACCUACUCAGAACGCAUUUGCAGCCAGCUCAAGAAAGACUGACACUUCUGGCUGUAUUCAUAGCAACCUUCCUCUUUAGCUUGACUUGGCAAUUUAAUCAGUUUAUGAUGCUGAUACAAGCAUUGGCAUUAUUCAUACCAGACUGCUUUGACAUGCUUCCCACAGCAAAGGUUACAUGGCUCUAUAUCAUCCAAAUUUCUGGAUUAUUGCUAGUCUGUGUCCUACAGUUUUUUAAUUCUAUGAUUCUUGGAUCAUUACUUAUAAGCUUUAAUGCUUCUAUCUUGAUAGCAAGAGCAAUCCAGAAAAACUUAAAGAAGGGCAACUUGCUUAAUAGGCUUGGGAAACUUAUCCUCCAUGUACUAUUAGUCUCAAGCUUGACUCUUCUAGUAAAUAAAUUCAUUAAGAAAAGUCUUAAUCUUGAAUCGGAUGAACAUAUAUUCAAAUUCCUGAAAGCAAAAUUUGGAUUCGGGGCAACAAGAGAUUUUGAUGCUAACCUCUAUCUUUGUGAAGAAGCUUUUGGUUUACUACCAUUAAAUACUUUUUCAAGACUUUCGGAUACAUUACUUUUUUACGUCUACAUAUUCAGUCUCUUCCCUAUGACAGUAGCAGCUCUCAUUGUUGCCUUUCGAAACCUCAGUGGUUCAAAUCAAGUUCAGGAAAAAGCAGAAGAAUACACAAUAAUACUGAAGCCUGAUGCUGCUUACAACUUAAUUCACACAGUUCUUUUUGGGUGUCUGGCAUUAAGCACAAUGAGAAUGAAGUACCUGUGGACGUCCCACAUGUGUGUAUUUGCAUCUUUUGGCCUGUGUAGUACAGAAGUAUGGCGACUAAUCCUGAAAUGUGUUCAUCUCUACACAUCACAGCGGACACAAGUGAUUAAAUAUUCCAUACCAAUAAUUACAUUGCUGUACAUUUCAUAUAAGUUCUGGCCAGGAAUAAUGGAUGAACUGUCAGAGCUGAGAGAAUUCUAUGACCCAGACACUGUGGAGCUGAUGAACUGGAUUAAGUCAAACACUCCAAACACAGCAGUGUUUGCUGGAAGCAUGCAGCUAUUAGCAGGAGUCAAACUGUGCACUGGACGGACGUUAACUAAUCAUCCCCAUUAUGAGGAUAAACAUCUGAGAGAGAGAACAAAACAGAUUUAUCAGAUCUAUGCCAAGAGAUCUCCUGAAGAUGUUUACAGAAUACUGCGAUCCUUUGGCACGGACUAUGUGAUCCUAGAAGACAGUAUUUGCUAUGAAAGAAGACAUAGUAGAGGCUGUAGGUUACGUGACCUACUUGAUAUAGCUAACGGCCACAUCAUGGAUGGUUUGGGAGAGAAUGAACCUGAUUUGAAGCCUUCAUUGUAUCCUCGCUUCUGUGAGGAAAUCAAAAAAAAUCUGCCUUCUUAUACCUUACACUUCACUAGAGUGUUUCAAAACAAAACAUUCCAUGUUUACAAACUUGCUAAGCAUAAAUAACAUUUCCAACAAUGUCUUCAAGUUCAGUAUUUUUUUUAAUGCCAGGACCCACAUUAGAAAAUAUAUAAGUUUACAAACAUUUCACAUUUGUAAGACAUUUUACAUUGAUGGUUUCUUGUUUAAUUACUGCAAUUUUUUGUUUGUUUUAAGACAGUUUUAGUUUUGAUAACAUUCUUGAUGUUGCCAAAAUUGUCAUGGAUUCAUAAAUGCUAACUGGGACCAUUUUGAUUAUAAAAUCCAACCUGUGAAAUACCUAGGAUGUAAUUGUUUUCAAGUUGUAACCAGCUGAAAAACACACAAAAUGAGUGGCCUGCAUGACCACUGCAGAAUAGCUAGCCUAUGAAGUUCUGCUCACUGUUUUGGAUUUUUACUAUAAAGUUACAGAAAUGCAAUGAAAGCAGGCCAUGCUACUCCUAUACUGAGUAUGUGUUAUCUUUGUGAAUCUUUAAUUAAAAAAAUAGUGUUUAGUUGUACAAUGUGAUCUAUUUUGACAGAUCUUUAUGCUCUUUGAGUGCCUCUUUUUUGAAUUCAUUGGGAUUGUAUGUGGAUACGAGUUUCUAAGCUUGUGGGUGUGAUUACAGAAUCAGCAAACAAGUUUAAAGAAUAAAACUUUAAUCGUUGUCCUGCAUUUUUAGUGAUACAGAAACAUACUGUUUUAUAACAUUAUGCAUAUAACGAUGGAGUGUUACCUAUUUCUAAUGAGAGUUAAGGUUGGAGCAUGCUUGAUAUAUGUUGCAUGUAUCCUUGUAAAAUAUCCUUGUAGAAUGCUCAGGACAAACAAAACACGAAUUUCUCACCUUGGACUCUUGCAUUAUUUUCUGUAUGUACUUUAUGAAUCUACAGGGGGGCGAUUUUCUCCCCACAUGAAUUCCAAAAGUAAGAUACCAAAACUGAACACUGCCAACCUUACAGAAGAAACAUUCACCCCUAAAAUUGACAGGAACCUUAGGUAUUUAAAUAUGUUUGGGUAUUAGAGCUUUGCUUUACAUUAUUCCAGUCACAAGGCCAUUUAUUUUAUCACAAAAAUCACUGUAUCCUUGCUCUUUAGCCUAAGAAAGAUACUACAAUUAUUUUAAAUUGGUUUGGAAGAUUACAUGAAAGCAGUCCUCAAUCCUGAGAAUUUGUGAUUUGUUUGUAGUCUUUGUCUUUUUACCAGGCUAGAACUUUGUGGAUUGUAUUGACUUUUUAAAUGCUCUGUAGGUAACAUGUCACUUUUACUGUGUUUUAGCACUGCUUUGGUUUUAUAUGGAAAUUAGAGAUUAAGUCUGACUGAAAGUCUAACAGUAUUCUCCAACUUUAAUUAGACAUCCACUAGGAUCAUUUGUUUCUUAUGGAAAACAGAACUGUAAUAAUCAAGUGCCUCUAGGCCAAUGUUGAAUUAACAUUUGAACACCUAUAGGAGUGUUUGUGGCCUGUGCAAAUAACUCUGUUAUAAUAAUUACCACUGCAAUUAAUUUCUAGUGAUGGGAAACUUAAAGUGCUACUGAUAGCAAAUUCCACAUUUAAUUUAAUCAAGAUGUGUAAUGAGAUUAGCUUCCAAAACUAGGCCGUGUUCCAAUUCCAAAUGAUUUAAAUGUUUUCCCUUUUCAAUUGUACUAAGGUAAAUUACUGAAGAGAUGGAGAUGGUUAUGUCACAUGCUCAAACAAUUUUAUAUUCAGUAAACACUCAUUAACAGUGUUCAACAUCCUUCUACACUGUCAUGCUAACACAAAAAGAAAGCAUGCUUUAAUCAGACUGUAUUUAAAUCAAACAUUGACAGUAGCUAGGCUGUUAAACUGGGCAACUGAAACUCCUGAGUAAUUUCUAUCCUGUACCUCUUAAUGAGGCUGGAGACCACUGCAGUUUAACAUAAUACAAUAAUAAAACAUUUUAAUCAGUAUUAAAACUUUAAUUAGGCUCGUAAUGAUGCAUGCCUGUUCUUGCUGAAAGCAUGGGUCAGUGAAUUCCUCAAUGAGUGCCUUACAGUAAUUGAAAACAAGCAUAUGUAAGGUAAAGUAUAUCUAGGCUGUACUGUCUUAUUUUAAAAUGUGGUUUUAUCUUUCUUUAAAGGUGCAGUUACUUUCUUGUGAUUGAAAUGAGAGAUUCCAAGAUCCAGUGGUACCCCAAGAUUUUCACAAUUUAUUUGUGGGUAACAGCUCUGACUAGAAGUCCAGACUAUAACAAUUAAGUAGACUUUUUUCUUCAAAAACACAGCCUGUAAUUUUGCCAAAAGAGAAAUUUAAACCUUUGUAUAGAAAAUAAAAAGUUUUAUUUGUUUUUUAAAAUAAAAUCCAAACUCCCUUUGCUCUUGGGUACACAUAAAAACCACAACUCUCCUGAUCCAGAACUACCACAGUAACAGUUUUUUGCAUAACACUAAUAUCUCCCAAAGUAGCACACCAGAAACUUGAAGCAUUAGAUACAAACCAUUUUUGAAAUUUUUGCAGCUAGCAGUCAUUAAGGCCAGGUAGUUUGUGAUACUUCCAAGCUAUUCCAACAUUUCUGUAUUUGAAAGAUUUAAGAUGAAGGGUGUAUUUCAAUAACUAUCUAAUAAAGCAUUCAGAAGAACGAUCUUUUUAAAACAGUAAAACAGAAAAUGCCAAGGAACAAAAGCACCUACCAGCUCUGAGGAAAGGUACAUACACUUGUCAACACAGCACUCAGACAGCAAGCAGCCGCUCCUCUGCCCCGAUUUAAAGGCUUGCCCACCAGAGCAAGGCAUGCUGGGCACGGCAGCCAGCGGUGUUGGCCAAGCUACUGGGCUGUGGGGACUGGUGGUACAAAGGGCUAUGCUUCCUGUUCCUAGAGGUUGGCUCUAAGUCCGGGAGACUUCUAGGAGGUACGUGGUGUUUUACUUGUCUGGUUAUUUUCUCUACUUCCUGUGUCUUACUAUGGUAUAUAUUUACUGCAUUAAAAAUGUGCAUUUUUUUUUAUAACUUCACCUGUUCCUGAUCUACGUCAUCCUGAUACACCUUAUUGCCAAGUGGCUGUAGUGAUAUCACUGUUUUGUAGUAUUAUGAUGCAUCCCCAUGAACACCACUCGUGGCAAUGCACUUACCAAAAAUCUGAAAUAACUAGCUAUGUGAAUGACACCGUCAUGAUUUCAUGUGUGUUACAUAUUGUCUGGAAGGACUCAAGUUGUGCAUUAUCAGUGGACUGGUUGGCGCUGAAUGACGUAUUUAGAGCACAGAGGCAAAACGUUACCAAGUGGCUGGAAUGUUUUUAGGGGAGAAAAAGCCUUUGAGGACCAUAAGUAUAUUUUCAUUUUGUCUUUCACAUUUCUGUUGGUGAGAGCUAACAUAGUUAUUCUAUUUGUUGUUGUAAAGAGAUGUAAUGACUCUUGUAUACUAAAUAAAUUGCAUAAUUUGAAGAUCAGA